GCUUCCUACUCUCACGAUUGCUGGCCAUUCGUCCUCCGCAAGGUGUUGCUCUUCUGAUUUCCGCACCCGCACAAUGGCAUCAAAUGACAGAGAUGUCCUCCCGGACGUAGCUGUCCCAGUCCAUUACGACGUGUCUUUGUUUGAUCUGCAGUUCAGUGAUAAUUGGGGCUAUAAUGGUAUCGUCAAGGUCAAGGCCAGAGUCACCCGCCCCACGAAAGAGAUUGUGCUCAACUCGAAGGAAAUCGAGGUUCAGAAAGUCGAAAUUUAUGGCGAAGAUGGGACCAAAUUGUCCGAAGCAUCCGAGAUCUCUUAUGAUAGAACCUCUGAGCGGGUGGCUUUCAAGUUCCCGUCGGAAAUUGCACCCUCAGAUAUUCUUCUCUCGAUGAAUUUUACCGGAACCAUGAACAACGCGAUGGCCGGGUUCUACCGCUCUAAAUACAUCCCUGUUGUGGAACCAGUUGAAGACACACCCAAAGAAGGAGACUUCCACUACAUGUUGAGCACCCAAUUCGAGUCUUGUGAUGCGCGUCGGGCUUUCCCAUGCUUCGACGAACCAAAUCUGAAAGCCACCUUUGAUUUCGAGAUCGAGGUGCCCACCGGUCAAACUGCCCUGAGCAACAUGCCUAUUAAAGAUGAGAGGGCUGGACGUAAGCCGGGACUCAAACUUGUCUCUUUUGAGAGAACUCCCGUUAUGAGCACAUAUCUUCUGGCAUGGGCAGUUGGCGAUUUCGAAUACGUGGAGGCGAUGACAGAGCGCAAGUAUCAAGGAAAGAGUAUACCCGUCCGUGUCUAUACAACCAGAGGUCUGAAAGAGCAAGCUCGAUUCGCUUUAGAAUGUGCUCAUCGCACCGUUGACUACUUCUCCGAGAUUUUCGAGAUAGAAUAUCCCUUGCCCAAGGCAGAUCUUCUCGCUGUCCAUGAAUUUGCGAUGGGUGCUAUGGAAAACUGGGGACUCGUAACGUAUCGAACAACUGCUGUUCUUUUUGAAGAGGGCAAGUCCGAUACCCGGUAUAAGAACCGCAUUGCUUAUGUGGUCGCGCACGAAUUGGCCCAUCAAUGGUUUGGCAAUCUUGUUACAAUGGAUUGGUGGAACGAACUAUGGCUUAACGAAGGGUUUGCAACUUGGGUCGGUUGGCUUGCUGUUGACCACUUUUAUCCUGAAUGGAAUAUCUGGUCUCAGUUUGUUGCUGAGGGUGUUCAACAAGCUUUUCAGCUUGACUCUUUGCGGGCAUCACAUCCGAUUGAGGUACCCGUUAGAAACGCUCUCGAAGUGGACCAGAUUUUCGAUCACAUCAGCUACCUGAAGGGAAGCUCGGUCAUUCGCAUGCUGAGUGAUCACCUCGGUCGACAGACCUUUCUACGCGGUGUAGCUGCGUAUCUCAAGGCACACGCUUACGGAAAUGCUACCACAAAUGAUCUUUGGUCGGCUCUAAGCAAGGCAUCCAACCAGGAUGUAACUAGCUUCAUGGACCCUUGGAUUCGCAAGAUCGGAUUCCCUGUUAUCACUAUCACCGAGGAGCUGGGUCAAAUCAACAUCCGACAAAACCGCUUCCUCUCGACAGGUGAUGCCAAACCAGAUGAGGACGAAACAACAUGGUGGAUUCCGCUAGGUAUCCAGUCGGCUCGUGAGGUGUCUGACACAAAUAAGGGUGCUUUGGUAUCUAAAUCAGAUUCAGUUCCCGGUGUGGGGCAGGAAUCCUUCUACAAGAUAAACAAGAACCUUUCUGGUUUCUACCGUACCAAUUAUCCUGCUGAUCGUUUGGCUAAACUCGGACAGUCUUUGGACCUACUAAGUACUGAGGAUAAGAUCGGCCUGAUCGGCGAUGCUGCUGCUCUUGCCGUUUCUGGUAAUGGCACAACGACUGCCUUGUUAUCUUUAUUGAGUGGUUUCAAGGAAGAAAAGAACUAUCUGAUCUGGUCUCAAAUCUCAACUUCCAUCGGAAACUUACGUUCGGUGUUUGCUCAAAACAACUCGGUUUCAUCAGGGCUGAAGAAAUUCACCCUUGAAUUAGUCUCACCCGCCGCUGAAGAAAUUGGCUGGGAGUUUAAGCCCGAAGAUGAUUAUCUCACUGUACAGCUUCGGAAACUUUUGAUUGGAAUGGCAUGCCAUGCUGGGCAUAAAGAUAUGAUUUCCGAGGCAACACGACGAUUCCAGCUCUGGAACACUGCUAAAGACAAAAAUGCUGUGCAUCCCAACCUGCGCUCUGUUAUUUUUGGUGUUGUAGUUUCUGAGGGUGGAACUCAAGAUUAUGUUUCCGUCAAGGAGGAAUAUUUGAGAACCGAUUCUGUCGAUGGAAAAGAGAUCUGCCUAGGGGCUCUUGGACGCACGAAGAAUCCCGAAUUGGUCAGGGAUUAUCUCGAUUUUGUCUUCUCAGACAAGGUUGCUAUACAGGACAUACAUAACGGUGCAGUUUCACUUGCUUCGAAUUCAAGCACUCGCCAUCUACUUUGGGAGUACAUGAAAGCGCAUUGGGACAUGGUUGAAUCACGUUUAUCGACAAAUAAUGUUGUUUUCGAGCGCUUUGUGCGAAUGGGACUUUCCAAAUUCGCCGAUCACACCAUUGAAGCCGAAAUUUCUGCCUUCUUUCAGGAUAAGGAUACCAGUGCCUACGACCGUGCUCUGGUUAUUGUUGCUGAUAGCAUCCGCACAAAUUUGCACUACAAAGACAGAGAUGAGGGUCUAGUGUUGGAGUGGCUUCAGGUUCAUGGAUAUGCUUGAUUAGUUAGGAACAGUGAUUGCCGCUCUCUUGAGGGAGUGGGUUUGCAUGACAUAGUUGUUCGGUGAGAGCCAGUCCCGUUGUGGCUGGGAGAAUCACCCGAGCAAUAGCAGACGAAACAGCUGAGAUUGAAUAAAGCAAUACGCAGAGGUGCCUUCUCACCUUGUUCAUUGGCUUGUUGGGUGUCUGUCGAGGUAAAGUAGCAUUAAUGGUAUCAGAAUGAGAUGGUUAUUUGUGCAGUAUUACAAAUGAUGAUCCGAUCUCAGGGUCUACAUUGUGGUGGUUUCUGAUGGAGAGUGGUUGUACCUCUAACACAUUCUGCAGAUAAUAUUACUGGAACAUGCC